CCAGUUUGUUUUCCUCUCGCUGCGCUUAUCAGACGUGUCGCUGAGCGCUGAACGCCAUCGUAGACCGUGUCGAAGUGAUAAGUUUUUGUGUCGUGAGACUUUGGAUAAUCCUUAUUUUGUGUGGUGUUUUUGUGUGUUGAAUAGCAGACAACUAUAUCGUCUUUUGGAUUGCCAAGAAUGUAAAGGAAAGGAAGCUAUGUAUCCAAAGAAGCAACAUGUGUCACUAGAAGCUGGAAAGACGUAUAGGAGAAAUGCAUCCGUCUAAGCGACGGGACAAACGACACGAUUUGCAUUCACAGCCACUCCCGCCGCCCAGAUGAGGGCCAGCAUAACGCCGCACAUCAAUGGAGCUCUGCUGUUGGCCUUCUCGUUCUGGUUGGGGAGACUGGGGGACUGCCGGAGUGCGAACAACGACUUCUUCGACAACAUCCCGGUGGACAACAGCCCGUGGCAGCCGAUCACGGCCAACCGGGACGCGCCGAGGCCCCCGUCGCCCAAGUUCCCUCCCGUCCGCUACCCCAACGUCCCCAACCACCCGCCGCCGCAACCCCAAUGGCUCGCCCCCUUCAACCGCCCGCCGGCGCCCACCACGGAGAAGUUCCCCAAACCCAAGUUCCCGUCCUCGGUCGACGGCUAUAAGUCCUACUCCCCCGGGCCGCUCUACAACCCGAACAAGGACUUCUUCGACUCGCAGCCGCCCUUCAGCCCCUUCGACGACCUGAGGCCCAAGCCCACGAAAGAGGCGCCCCGACCCCGGCCGCCAACGACGCCGCCCGCCUUCGACGCUUUCGCCGACUCCCGCAAGAAGCUCAAGUUCCCCCCGCCGACCGGGAGCAGCGAGAAGCUCAACUCCCUCAAGACCGCCGGGCGCUACCCGCCGCUGGAGACGGAGCAGAACGCGGUGGCCAACGAGACCGAAGCGCACGGCAACAAGCGGGGGCAGUCCAAGUUCCACCAGAACAGCGUGGCCGUGCGGGAGGCGCCUCCGGGGCAGCGCGGCGCCCAGAACCGGACGAAGGCGCCGGCGCCGGCGGCGAACGAGCUGAAGCCGCAGACGCACGUCGUCUACAGCAACACCGCCCAGCUGGUGGACGACGCCCCCGCCGACGAGGAGCUCCACCCGAAGGACUUCGUGCCGGGCAACAUCAUCAGCCAGAUCACGUCCGUGCGUGGGAGACCUACGACGACGACGAAGCCGAGCGACAAUUCGACGGAGCGGCCGCCGCCCAACGAGCUGGCCAACACGGUGCCGAUCCUCGACGCGGAGAAGCCGCCCGCCUCCGAGGAGACCAGCGGCGAGGCCAAGAGGAAGUUCCCGUUCCGACGACCGCAGAUCCUCACGACCAUCUCCACGGAGCG